UCCAAUCCGCCUGGUUGUUUUGCAUGUAGUAAAGCUAGUGUGUCAAAUUAUUUUGACCUCGUCUUAAAUUUAUUUACAACUACAGCAUUUUAUUGUCGGUUUCUAUAUUAUAUUUCGCACAUAUUAUAACGUUCAUAGACUUUAUUAAAUAUAUGUAUGGUAUUACUAUGCUGUGAAGUUUCAAAUAACGUAACGUGUAUUGUGAACUUUUGUGCUAAUAAAAUAUGUUGUGUAAUGAUGCAUUUUCAAAAGUGUAACUGACUAGGAAGAGCAAAAUAAGAUAAUAAAAGUAAUGAAGAACCAAUAAAUAUGUGACAAAUAUCCAACGCCAAAAAAUGUUUUGAGAAGCGAUAUUGUACCGAGACAUCAGUUCGCGCGCAAUGGGGGUCCUGUGGAGUUAUUUAGGAUACGGAACACAAGGCAGGACAGACGAUCCGGAUCCUGUGACAGGGCUGACUUCUAGAGAUCGUUACCUUAUCAAGAGCUCCUGGGCUGGACCAAGACAGAAACCGACAGAGAGCGGGGUAGCUCUUUUUCUUUUGUUUUUUAAGCAUCAUCCGGAGUACAAACUAACGUUCCCGUUCAGAGAUAUAUCCGAUGAAGAUUUACCCACAAAUAAAAGGUUCCACGCUCACGCAAAUAGUGUCAUCUACGCCUUCUCCUCUGUUGUAGAUGCCAUAGACGACCCUGAUAUGCUGGUAACAAUUUUAUCAAGAGUGGGAGAAUCACAUGGACCGAGAAAGAUAACGGAAAAGUCUUUCUUCGAUCUGAAAGAUACCCUUAUAGAAUUAUUCUCGUCUCUCUUCACCAAAGAAGAAAUGGAAGCAUGGAAAAAGGCAUUAGACGUGGCAAUUGAAUUGAUUGCGAAAUCAUUUAGGGAAAGUCGCAAGUAAAUGUAGCGACACUACAUUAUAGUCCUUAGUUUUAACAUUCAUGUUAUUUGUAGUUAUAAGUCAAGUUUUAUUACUUACGACUUCAUGAAGAUAUUUGUUGUGAUCUUAUUUAAGACUUAGAUACUGUAUUAUUUGUAUCUAUAAGUUUUAUUUAAUAAAAUAAUGAAUAAUUA